CUUUAUAUUCCAGCUGCUCUUUGCAAAGCAGGCUGUUUUGAUAAGUAAAGGCUUCUUUGCAUAGUGUCUGUUUUUACCACAGUCUGAUAGUCCAUAUGCUAAAGAGGACAAACUAGCUGAGAUACCAUCUGAAAGUGGGAAUAAUCACGGGGAUGCUGUCAUGUGCUGCUGGGGGAGGGUUCUGAGCUGUGGGAGAACACUUAGAGUUUACUAUUUGUUUUUAAAAUAGGAGAAUAAACACAGCCUGAGCAGAUUGCACCAAAGUCUGACUUAGGAGCAAUGCUGAGUGAGGGUUUUCCUUACACUGUUCAAAAAGCUCAGAAGAGUCAUUAGACAAACAUCUGAAGUAGAGCGGGUCAGUCGAAACUCUUAAACUGGCAAAACUACCAGUAGAUAAAUUUGUCCACUUUCAAAAUAUGCCUUACUUGAAUUAAUAGAGAAUGUAUUUUAUUGGACAGCUGUGAAUUUGGCAGUUUUUAAUUUGUUCUCUUGGGGAAAUCUGUCUGUUCCACUCUGCUGCUGGAUGAUUUCUGUGAUCCUCUACCACUAGAUGUUGCUGUGUGAGUGAUUGAUGUAAUCUUAUCUGAUACUGGAUGGAUUCAUCCCUUAAAAAAGGAGAUACCACUGAAACAGCAUUUCUGCCUGCUCUGAAAUUUGUAUUUUGAGACUUUUGCCUAAGACAUUUUUAGAGUUCAUUGGCUCUGUUACAUUAGUCAUAAAGGUUGUCUCUCUAUUGGAUACCCAGCAGUGUGCUGAUUAUUGUUCCCAAUUUGGCAGGGUUUUCUCUUCAGGUGUGUCUGUAGAGCUGCUGGUCUCAGCAGAGAGGGAAAAAGGCGACAAAAUGUAACUUGGCCAAAAAUAUUUUUGCAGCAGCUCUGUUCUGUAGCAUCUGUGGCUUUUCAUUCAAUGAAAGAUGGCAGGCAAAGAACAUUUCUAUACAUUCCAGCAUGAGAAAAAAAAUCAAUUUUCAAGGAAAAUUCUUGCCUUUGGCUGUCUUUUAAGCUUUCACCUUGUUGGUGAAGGAUUACUCACCGCCUUGGGGGUUUGCUGUGUUUAUUCUGCACAGAAGUCGACAAAUAGAAAAGCUCCAUCGGGGUGAACUGAAGUUAUCCUAAGGAAAAAAUUUCAUUGCAUGGACAGUGUAAACUCCCUAAGACUGAAGUAAAGCUGGAAAGGAAUCUACAAGUGAAUAAAACAAGAAGUUUGGAAUUGGAUUUGGGGAAUCUGGGCUUGGAAAUGCCUCAGCCCAGUGUGAGUGGAAUGGACCCUCCUUUUGGGGAUGCCUUUCGGAGCCACCUGUUUUCAGAGCAGACUCUGAUGAGCACGGAUCUCCUGGCAAGCAGCUCGGAUCCAGACUUCAUGUAUGAACUGGACAGAGAAAUGGACUAUCAGCAAAGCUCCAGGGACAACUUGCUUUUCAUGGAGGACUGCAAAGACCUUGAGAACUUGGAGUCUUUUACAGAUGUCCUGGACAAAGAAGCUGCUUUCACCUCCAAGUGGGAACAGUGGGAUACCUACUGUGAAGACCUAACUAAGUACACUAAAUUAACCAGCUGUGACAUCUGGGGAACAAAAGAGGUGGAUUACCUGGGCCUUGAUGACUUUUCAAGCCCAUACCAAGAUGAAGAGGUGAUAAGCAAAACACCCACACUGGCUCAGCUGAACAGCGAGGACUCCCAGCCUGUCUCAGAUUCACUCUACUACCCUGAUUUGCUCUUUAGUGUAAAACAAAACCCUUUAAACUCUUUGUUACCUGGCAAAAAGAUGGCGAGCAGAGCAGCGGCGCCGGUCUGCUCCUCCAAGAACGUUCAGGCCGAGGCCGCGCUGUCGGACUGUGCCCAGAAGGCCAGCAAGCCUGGCAGCCAGCCUGCUUCCAGUACACAGAUCAUGGCCAAGACCAACGUGUACAGCAGUGAGAAGGUGAACAUUCACGUGGAAUGUAAAGACUAUGUUAAAAAAGCAAAAGUAAAGAUCAACCCCUUGCCGCAGAGCAGGCCCGUGCUGAGCCAGGCGCACGCUGACGCAGCCAAGGAAAACACCUGCUACUGUGGGGCUGUAGCAAAGAGACAGGAGAGAAAAGGACUCGAGUCCCCCCAUGGGCACAGUACAACUCCUGGUUUGCCUUUUAAAGAGACUCAAGAGCUGCUCCUCAGCCCUCCCCAGGAGAGCCCAGGGCUGGCCGUGGGGGAGAGCAGCCUUUCCGCCAGCGCGUCCGUGUCGGACUCCUCGCAGAAGAAAGAAGAGCACAAUUAUUCUCUUUUUGUAACAGACGCUUUGGGUGAGCAGUCAGUCAAAGCAGAGCCUGAGGAAGAGGAGGAGGAUGAGGAUGAUAUUGAAGAUGAGGACCACGAUGAAGGCUUUGGCAGUGAGCACGAGCUGUCUGAGAACGACGACGAGGAGGAAGAUUACGAGGACGAUAAGGACGACGACAUCAGCGAUACCUUCUCAGAACCAGGGUAUGAAAACGAUUCUGUGGAGGAUUUAAAAGAAACGACUGCAAUAUCCUCUCGGAAAAGAGGCAAGCGAAGAUACUUCUGGGAGUACAGCGAGCAGCUGACGCCGUCCCAGCAGGAGAGGAUGCUGAGGCCAUCCGAGUGGGACAGGGACACCCUGCCCAGCAACAUGUACCAGAAGAAUGGGCUCCACCAUGGAAAAUAUGCAGCAAAGAAGUCACGGAGGACUGAUGUAGAAGACCUGACUCCCAACCCCAGAAAACUCCUCCAGAUUGGUAACGAGCUGAGGAAGCUGAAUAAGGUGAUCAGUGACCUGACACCUGUCAGUGAACUUCCCUUAACUGCCAGACCCAGGUCAAGGAAAGAAAAGAACAAGUUGGCUUCCAGGGCUUGUAGGCUAAAAAAGAAAGCCCAGUAUGAAGCCAAUAAAGUUAAACUCUGGGGUCUCAACACGGAAUAUGAUAAUUUACUGUUUGUCAUCAACUCCAUUAAACAAGAAAUAGUUAAUCGGGUGCAGGUACCUAAAGAUGACAGAGGAAUCAACAUGGAGCAAAAGUUGAACAUACUUAUUAAAGACACUCUUGGACUUCCCGUAGCUGGGCAGACGUCGGAGUUCGUGAACCAGGUGCUGGAGAAGACAGCGGAGGGAGACCCCACGGGCGGCCUGGUGGGGCUCCGGAUACCCAUGGCCAAGGUGUAGGGCAGGACUGGAGCUGCUCUGGGGCAGGUUCUGCCUGUGCUGCCGAGUUCCUCCUUGUAAAUGGCAUCCUGGUCUGCAUGUCAGCUUAGCAUUCUGUCAGCACUCACCCGUAGGUUCCAUUGCUUUCGGUAACAGUGUAGGAAAACGAAUCACGGCGUGGUAGGAAAUGCCGCAGAGCAUUUUUGGACCAUAAACCAGAUAGUUUCAAAGCUGCUUCAAGCUCAAGGGCAGAAAUGAGAGUUCUCUUUCAAAUGAUCUAGGACCAGAAUAUAUCACUUUUGUUUUCAAAGCAAAAAUGUGGGUUUGCUAGAGAAAAUACUUUAGCAUUUGCCAGACAUUGUGACAGGUUUAUGGUCCAAGUGAAGUAAGAGGAAGCAUUUUUUUGGUGAAGCUGUCAAUGUAGGGAGUUUUUUGUUAUUUUUUAAAAAUUUUAUUUUUAAAUAAUUGGAUUUUCGUUUCUUGUUCUUACAAAAAAAAGUAAGCUUUCUUUGCAACCAUUAACUUGUACAUAGCACACGCAGCAUUAGAGCUAGUGUGCCAUAUAAGACUUUAAUUUUCUGAGCUUAAUAGAGUAUUUAAAUGUCUGUGCAAGCAAGAGAAAAAAAAAGUAUAUUCUUUGUGCCUUGUAUUUUGUGGGGAGAGCUAUCAGUAUAAGCUGGUAAAGUUUUGUAUGAAGAAAACCCUGAGGGGCAAAACCGAGCUGUAUAGAUGGCGAGAUUUUAGGUUUUAAUGUAUUUGUUCCAGCUCUUAAAAAUUUUUGAAUGUAUAUAGGAAUAUGUUGAAAAUGUAGAUAUAUGCCACAGAGUCUAUGUAUUGUAUAAAAGAUGGCUCUAGAAAACUCAAUUUCGGUACUUUGGCCGGAAGAAAACAAAUACUUGCACAUUAAUGCGAUUGUUUAUUUUUGUACCAAAGACAAAUGCAACUGAUAUGGCGAACUGCCAGUCUAAGUAAAGUUUUGCACAGCUUAUAUGAUACUGUACUGAAUGUAAAAACAAAAGAAAAAAAAGAAAAAAAAUUAAAGGUCAGGGUUAGGGAUCUUACUGAACUGUGAAUUUUUUUGUUUGGGUCCAAUUAUCUACAGAAGGAGCAUUCAUACAUAACAAUAUUAUUUUGCUGUUCUUGUAGUUCGCUUCCAUGGUAGAUAAGUUGGUGGCCGUCUUGGAGUCUUUAAAUCUUUUUUCUCUGCACUUACUGUAGGAGAUUUUAAUAUAUUUGGAUUUUAGUAAGCUAUUGGUAAAAUAGUUUUCGACUUUGAGAAUUUAAAAAAAAAAGUAUUUAGCUUGUUGUAGUAUACUUCCACCAAACAACCAAAAUAAAAUUAUUUUUAUUGUAACGUGUAUAUAUGUAAAGAGAAAAAAAAAGAGCUACAAAUAUCUAAUUCCUUAGUUGCCACUUUUCCAGUUGAUGUAUUAUUAUGCAUGUGAUGUUUCCAAGGAUCAACACAGGCUUCAAACAAAAAAAAAAAAAAUUUAUAGACUUUUAUAUUUUUGUACAGGUAUUUCGAAACUAGCUUCUUCAGACUUAUAUGUGACUUAUUCUUGUUAAUUCAGUAGUUUCUAUGAUUGAAGAAUAUUAACACAAAGUUCUUAUUUGCUCUUCUGCUAAUAAGAGUUGGCUUUGUAGUCAGUGUUAACGUACAGAUUAAAAGCUUUAGCCUUUGAUGAGAAAGUCCUUUAUCUCAAGGCAAGAUCAUUCUCUGGUUUCAUGGACCCCCCCCCUUUUCCUCCCUGUUCUUUCUCUCCCUAUUUAAAGAUGACAAAACACUGUUUACUGAAAAUAGAAAUACCAAAUAUUUUCAAAUGUAGCUGCUGAAAAAAAGAAAAUGCAAAAGUCCAUGAAGGCUUUUUCCCCACUCCCUUUGGGGAACUUCUCCACUUCGUUUCUAGUUUGUCUGAGUUUGUUUGUACUGUGAUUCCUUUCUGUUUAUAAGUAGAUUAUUUUUAUAUCCGAGCUUGUACUAUAAGAGAAAAAAAGCCUGAAUCGGUAACAGUGCAGGAGGAGUGGCUGCUGAAAGUGGUGGCCCUGCCACACUCACAGCUUCCUUUGUACCUAAAUAUUUUGGAAAACUCAAAAGGGAGGAGGAGGCCAAAAUACCACUACUGAGCUGUACAGAAAGUCUUUCCUACAAGAGACUGAACAAAUACCCAGGGCAAUUUAGGCAAAACUUUGUAAAUCCACUUAAGGCUUGCAAAAUCUGAGUGGAAUGUGGGUGUUUUUCUUUGUGGUGGUGGUGGUGUUCAGGUGAGGAGAGAGUUGGCUGCUGCUUUCCACAGUGGGUCUGGUGUAUUCCUCUUGUUCUUGUGGAGCUGCCCAGGGCCCCAAAAACCCCAAGAGAGAAUGUGUCCUGUGAGGUGCAGGCUGUAACCGAGCAGGGCUGGCACUCAGAGCUCGUCCCUGUGCUCCACCCAAACCCUGCGGGCGAAGCAGCAUCUGAGCAUUGAGAGAGAGCAGUUUCAAAUCAGGUAAAAACUUCUGGGACAAAUUCAACUGACAAGGCAUUUAAAAGCCGCCCCACUUAUUUUGCUACCUGGGAAUCCUGGGCAACACACAACUUUAUAGCUUUUUCUUUUUGUCUGAAAACCAGACUAUGAUUUUGGUCUCGCAUUUCAAAGUAGACUUUGAAUCUUUAGUGAGUUCCAUACCCUUGCAUUUCAGUGUUUCCUAUGUAUUAUUUUAAGUUAAAGCUUUGAAAUAGUUGAGCUUUUUAAUGUUGACACUUUAUUUUGUAACUAUUUAUAUGUAUGUAUAUCUUAGAAAAGCACUUUGUUUAAAAAAAAAAAAGAGGAAAAAGAAAAAAAAAAAAGAAACUGCGUUUUAUAUGAUUCCUGCCACUUGCUGCUAACUCUGGGCUGGUCAGAAUGCUGCAGCGAUACUUGAGAUAAAUAAAACCUGGCAGUAAAAUGUAGAGUAAAGAUAAGACCUUUUGCUGGUUUAACUUUAUCAUAAAGGUGACAUAGGCAAGCUGUGCAGCUUUACAUUUUAACCAGGGGACUCUGUGGCAUUUAAACCGUCUAGAAAUGGUUGUACUUUAAUGCCAGUAACAAUCUGCUUCCUCUAGUGUCAUUAAAAUAUAUACAUUUAGUGUAUACUUAUCACAAACAAAAAUCUUAUAAGGGUAUAAAAACCAACAUAUGUACAUGUUCUGUUUUUUGGCAAUUGUGGCAUGCGUUUUGGGGUGAUCUUUAGAGAAGACCAUUUUCUAAAGAUUUUCAGUGUUCAUACAUAGUAUGUGGAUCUUAACGAAAUCCUGGGUUUUUUGUUUUGUUUGUUUUUGAGUGUAGGCAUUGUGAAUAUUCACUUUUAAUCCUAUCUCCAAAAACAAUGAUCUAUUUUUUGAUUUAAUACAACCAGAAAGCUCUUCCUUUUUCUGAUACACUGGAUUCUCUAGGAUUUGUUUCCAUAUUAAAAGCAUGCUGUCAUAACUGCUCUUGUCGAGAUCUCGUCAGUCUGAACGUAGGUGCCACACUUGGAAUCGAUGGGCUGCUUGUUCUGCUGUACCAUGUAUGACCCUCGUCCUUCCCCUCCCUUCAUGACAGAUGAUGAUGUGGCUUUAUAUUGUGCCUUACUUGUACAUCUAGAAACUAAGUGUUUUUCAUUCCCUCUGAACUCGUCAAAGCUUCUGAGGUGGAGUCAGAGCUGAUUGAAGCGUGCUGGAGCGAGUGCAGACAGGGCUGAUUUCAGUUUCUCUCUCUAGUCCUUUUGUAUUUCUAUGGAAGACCAGUUUUUGAAUGGCCUUGCAAAACGUGGGGGUGCUCCUGAAGGGUGUUUUUAAACCCAAAACCCCUUUUGCUAACGCUUACUUUUAUGGUUUAUUGAACACAUUUACUGAUACUUGGUGAGUGCUUUAUGUUUUUUGGGAUGAGAGAGACUUACUACUAAAGCUGUGUUUACGUGUGGAUGGGCUGGAUUUUCUUAUCAUACCAGUUGAAAUCAUUGUGAUUUAAUAAAGUUGUAUUGCUGUAAAGCUGAUGUGAGAGUCAGGCUCAGCUGUGUUCAGUUCCUAAUUUAUAGGUUGACUUUUUUCCGUACUAAGAGGGCCAGGGAAAAGUUGGGGUUUUUAAAAAAAAGCAAACAAACAACAAACCAACCUAAAAUGGUUGAAAGGUCUUUUAACUAACCUAAAAGCAAACAGACACUUUGGAAAUGUAGAGGUGUCAGUUUAAAAUUUAUUUUUAAAAGACACCCCCCAAUAUUUAUCUAAUAUUUAUCUUGCCUUCAUUAAUGAAACAGCUUAUUCACAGCUAUAAUGACUGGAUGUGCUUUUCCAUAAAUCAUUUAAACAUAGCAAUUUUUUUUUUUAUUAUUUUAAAGAAGCUCUGAAGGGUUUUAUUGGGAGAAUUUCCAAGGGUUGUAUCCAAGCUGCCUCCAGCAGAAAUAGCAAAUGCAGUCCUGUUCCUCAAACGUGCUUGCUCGUCUUCCUGAAAUUCUGCUGAGGCACAAGCCAGUUCUGGACCGUGAAUGUCAGGAUCUGUAUUUGGCCUUGAGACCCGAGUUUCAAGAGUGCAUCUAAGCAUGAUUUGGUUUUCCUUUGAAGUUGGAAUCACCUAGUGGAGUGUGCUGCUAGAUGUGGUCUUGGCUUGUUGACACAGCCUUGCACACAGCUGAGGUUUAUUUUGUUUACCCCAGGGAUGGUGUGAAGUACAUUUCAAACAGUUGCUGCCUCAGUGACUGAUCCUUCUUGUAACUGUAUUAAGGGCAUUAGUCUGUUGAGAAAACACCACUCUUGAAUAUCUCCCAAUGUAAAUUGGGAUUUCUUCGAUGUCAUUAAUCAAAGAUGGCACUUUCAGGCUGUAUCUUCUUUGCAGCAAACAAAAAUCUCUGUCUUUCUACAACUUGCAUUUCACAAUAUGCCAUGUUUUCCCUCCAGUGCUUCGAGAAGGUGUCUUUGCACUCUGGAUAUAAUCCUCAGCCUCUUAGACAUCCAUGAACUUCCAUGGGAGCAAAUACUGACUCUGAAUUUAUUGUUUUUUACCAAGCUGUGGAGCUAAAAGUGGAACCAGAGCUCUUUGAAGCCACACUUGCAUUUUUUUGUUUCCCCCAUUAAAAAAAAAAACAAAAUUCCAAGCUUUUUAGAUAACGUCACAAUUCAGAGUUUUUCUAGAGUUUAAAGUAAUUUUUAGUUGAGUAUAUUUAAAGUCAAAUUGGGUGACUUAACUACUACUGUAGGGAAAACUUACAGAUUAGAUUUGAUAUUGGAAAAAGCACAUCCCACCCUAUCAAAAUCUGAUUAGGAAACAGAACCUAGUAAGAAAACUUAAUUUUAAUUUCUCUUGUAAUGAUGGAUAUUCAUGCAUUCUGAUUGGAAUCAUCUAUCUUCCCAGAAUAUUAUAUAUCCAAGGAAAACUUGCUCAGUAUUUGUAGUUGGGUGAACUCUUAAGGCUGAUGGCACAUGAAGAUGCAAAAAAAAAAAAAGCAUUUUAAACAAAACAUGGCAUCCUGUUCUGCCUUUGCUUGGGGUCAUGAUUGUAAUGCUGUCCUUGAUAUUCUAUAAUCAACUUCCAACUGGAGCUCAGUAAAACAUACUGAAAGUCUUGUCUCUGUUAGAAAAUAAAUUUACCUUGUUCAAAGCAUGAUCUGUUAAGAGUUGCAAUGUUAAAUGUUGGUUAAUAGUUGUGCAGUUUUAUUUUUUUGAAAAGAGGCACAAUUAAACUAUUGACUUUGUUUACUCUGUCACCCUUGAUCCCUAGCACUUCUAUUCAGAUACAAAUUCAUCAAUGUAUGCAACAUCCUUUGUAAUUUAAAAUAAAAAUUGUGGAGGAAAUACU